ACUUCAAAAACUUUCGACCUACCUGCUGCAAACGAUAAACGCGCUGUAAACACUCCGAACUCCGUGAAUAAACGCGAAUUAAAUGCCAAUUAAAUAAAUCUUUACAUGACGACUCCUGUUGGUUGCGGGCGAGUGCAAGGCGCGUGCUUAUCUGGUUGGAAAAAGUGCUGGACCCAAGAGACUGAAAACCGUUCUGAAAAUAGCCGAGGUGCGUAGCCCACGCCCAACAGAGUCGUCAACCUGGCUGGGAGCAGCAGCCUCACGAUUGAUCGCCAGCACUACCAAAAGACUGAAACGCCGUCCAGCCAGCGAGCCAAGGGGAAGAUGGCCAGCACCGGCGAGAUCUGGCUGCAGUGGUUCUCCUGCUGCUUCCAGCAGCAGCGCUCCCCCUCCCGCCGCCCACACCAACGCCUGCGCAUCGACCGGUCCAUGAUCGGCAAUCCCACCAACUUCGUCCACACGGGCCACAUCGGAUCGGCGGACGUGGAGCUGUCGGCCAACCGCCUCAACGCGAUCUCAACCCAGAUGCAGAGCAAGGGCGGCUACGAGACCAACUCGAUACACUCGCUGCAUGCCUGCUGAUGGAAGCCCCCAGUCACCUCGCGUAUCCCCGCUAUAAAUGCAUUUCGUGCAAUUUUUUACA